AUGCACAAAGGUUCGGCCAAGCUUGACGAAAAUGUUCAGAGUCGUGACACGAGUAAAUCAAAACGUACAACCAAGGAUGAAUAUAGAGAUGUAGAAAAGUCAGAAAAAGGAAGUAGUUCACGUGAUAAAAAAGGGCGCGAAGAAGAAUCUCAUCACCGUGAAUCUGGUCAUCGAUCUAAAAGCAAAUCGAAAGCGGAAGAUGAAGAUUAUAGUAAAAAGCGAAGUAAACACAAGUAUGAUGAUGAAAAUGAAAUAAAAUCAAAACAUGAUAAAGAUAGGAAAGAACGAAGGAACAAUGAUAAUGAUGAGGACAGUGAUGAACGUCGCAGAAGAAAAAGCAAAACUUACGAGGGGGCUCAAACCAAAUCAAGUGUAAAAAUAGACAAUGAGAUCGUACAAAAGCAUAAAAAGCAAAAAAUAACCGAAACGUAUGCACAAGUUGAUACUGGAAAUUACAGUGACGAUUUUGAACAAGGUUAUGAUGAUGAUUUUGAUGAAGAUGUGAACGACGAUAUUCCAGUGAAAAAAGUUUCCGCUACAACUGAUCAAUCGUCAACUAAAAAACGAAUUUCUUCACCUAAAUAUGAGGGAUCAACAAAUUUUUCAAAAGCAGAUAUUAAAGUAUACAGCUGUGAUAGACGAUUUUAUUCACAUGAUACUGCUGAUAAAAUUCGCAGUCGUUAUCGUGAUUUAUCCCGUUUAAUUGAACUCGAUCGACAAUCGUUCAAUAUACUUGAUAUUACACCAACAAAAUCGUAUGCUGUUUAUAUGCGAGAUUUUAUCAAUCCAAAUUCAACUCAAGCAAAAACUCAAACAAACGAUGACAAUGAAAAUAUAGAUACUCAAACGGAUGAAAUUGAACAAGCUGCAAAAUGGACUCAACAUCCAGCAGAAAGUAUCCAAAGUUGUGGAGGCGGUGAUGGUUCAGACAACAAAACAGAUCAAAGUAUUGAAGAUGAUGAAAUUUUACGUCUGUUACAUUCAGAAACUGAUUUAAAAAAAUAUCAGAAUUUUGUUGACAAUGCAGGCAAAUUAAUGUUAGCAUUUAUGGGAGAAAAUACAUCAAAAUCUACAUCAUCAAAAUCAAAUGAAACAAUGCAAAAAGAAUCUGAUCUUGAUUUUUCACGUGGUGUUACGAUAUUAAAACCAAUAGAUGAAUCGGGUGAUAUGAAUGUGUCCUGUGUUUGUUUUUGUGAAGAUAAGCCAGAUCAUGUGGCUAUUUUCUACGAAUCGAUUAAAACUUCGACAACACAUUACGGAGCCAUCUAUAAUGUUCGAGAUCCAGAAAAACCAGUGAGAAUAUUAAGCUGUGAGGCACCUCUUCAAUGUUGUUGUUCUUCAAUUGCCUACAUAUUUGCUGGAUGUAAAGAUGGAUCCGUUCUAUUAUGGGAUACAACAGAACCAAAUCGUUAUAAAAUAUCUUCAAAUGGUUCUCAAAGAUCUCUACCAAAUCUGCCAACAUUCUCAACAGCCAAUAUAAGUUUAACAGACUAUCAUUAUAAUGAAGUGAUACGAUUAUUACCAUUGAGAGCAGCAAGUGCAACAAGCAAAGCAGACCGUUUAACGGCUUCGUUUUCUUUGGCAUCGCUAGAUGCUGAUGGACGUAUUAUUCUCUGGUCUGUUGUUGAACUGUCUCAUACAGAUGAAGCUGGUUCAAUAGCAGAUCUUGGUCUUAAACCCGGUGGUAAAGUACGCAUGACACAAACAUCAUCGAUAAAAAUACGAACUUCUAUAUAUAUGCCACGAGAUUCAAUUCAAGUAUAUGAUGUAGCCUGUCCAGCCAACGAUGUAGAUAACUUGUAUGGGGGUAUUGCUCCACCAUCCAAACUACGUCUCACCAGCCUAGAAUAUCUUGUUGAAGUAACCUGUUUAGCCUUUAAUCCCAUGGUGAGCAAACUUUUGAUUGUGGGAACGGCACAUGGCGAAUUGAAUUUAUAUACAACGGGAAGAGGCAUUGAUCAACAAACAAUUGUUGGGUGUUCGUGGAGUAUGACGAGGCCGAGUGUAUUUUUUGCAUAUGAUAGUGGUGGUACGAUUAAAUAUUGGGAUCUAUCAAUUAACGAGGUUGAACCCAUGGGCAGUGUAACUGUUCCUAAUUUAACUCAUUUUAUCCUAUCAAGUAGUAAUGCAUAUGAAACAUCAUUUGCUAUUGUUGUGCGAACAACAACAACAUCAUCAAAAAAACGGACAAACACAUCUGAAUCUACAAGUAUUGAAGUUCAUCAAUUAAAAAAAGAGUUGGCUACGCAUUCAGACAAAUUUCAAGACAAAUUUAAAAGGGUAUUAAGAGAUAUACUAACAGAUGCAUAA